AGAUCGCACAACAACACCAGCGUGCGUCUGCCCUAUUUCCUCCCGCAGGUUUCUUCAACUCUGUGAGGUUAAUGCUGACCCUGACUUGGAAGAUCUCUCGUUUUUCCUCGGUUCUACCUGUGCCGUUAGCCCAAAGGUAUUCUCGCUGGACUAUGCCGCGCAGAAUGCGGACUGUGCAGAAAGUUGCGCAAAGCGGAUGAAGUGGGGAAGUGAGGAAAACCUGUGGCAUGAGGUUGAAAAUGCGGCGAGGAAACGCAGCUGCGAGUUUUCUGAGUUUGGAGAUCUGACAAGAGCGGAAAGUACUAAUGCUCCAUGCUGGAUCAACACCACAGCUACUCACUACAGGCUGGAGUAGUCUCUGAACUCAGCCAAGUGUUUACUCAUUCAGCCUAAAUAAGAUUAUAUGAUUAGAAAGCCAAGGAGAAUUGGUUUAGAAAAAAAACCUGGAUCCAAUUCCAUCUCCAGUUCCUCGCAUUCUCUGACUGCUUGUCCACCUUUUCGAUCGGUUUCCUCCCCGGUUUUUUUUUUUUUUUUUUUUCCCUUUUCUUUUUCUUUUGCACCUCUGAUUCCCGAAGUGGCUCCGAAGUGGUGUUGCGGCUCCUCGUCCCCGGCGGAUCCGGAGAUUGGAGUCUCUGCACCGGUGGGAGUCGGAGGCGGAGCUGGUGCUCCGGCCACACCGCGGGCUCCAAAGAGCGGCCGCGUCAAGAGGAUGGUGCGGCUGGCGGCAGAGCUCCUGCUGCUGCUGGGACUUCUCCUCCUUACCUUACACAUCACGGUGCUGCGGAGCAACCCGCUGCCUCAAGGAAAUGCUACUGUGAGCCUGGAUCAGGAUACAACACUUACGGAGCAAAACACCUUAAAUGCAAAAAGUAGGUCAUUCGCCCAGCUGGCUCCUGAAGACCGGAGGUCUGGUGCCGAGCACCGGCCAGCCCAUCAGCCUGCAACGCUCCCCUGGGUGCAGGGCAGCAACGUACACAAGGAUGGUCCUGGGGCUUUCCUACUGGAUCUGCAUAACUUUCCGGACCUCUCCAAAGCUGAUAUUAAUGGACAGAACCCCAACAUCCAGGUGACCAUUGAAGUGGUGGAUGGACUAGAAGGCCAUGAACCUGAGAGAGAACUUCACAAGGAAAGCAAGCCCAACUGGGCCUCCCCCAACUGGAGAAACUGGUGGCCUCACACCUCUUCUUCGUCCUCUCAUCAAACGGAAGAGCACGAUCGCUCCUAUGGGAGAAAAACAGAGGACAGCAACUUUCUCAGGCCACCAUCAGACUGGGACAGGAGAGGAAGCAAAGCUCAAACUGAAUACGACUACAUGGAUGGUGAAGGAGACUGGAGCAGCUGGUCAGCAUGCAGUGUCACCUGUGGAAACGGCAACCAGAAGAGAACCAGGUCCUGUGGUUAUGCCUGUACGGCCACAGAGUCCCGGACUUGCGACAUGCCCAACUGUCCAGGUUUUGAAGACGCCUUCAAGACAGCAGCUACUGAAGUGAGCCUGCUAGCUGGGAAAAAUGAAUUCAAUGCCACAGAGCUCUUUGGUGUUGACACAGACAGCUGUGAGCGAUGGAUGAACUGCAAGAGUGAGUUCUUGAAGAAGUACAUGACGAAAGUGGCUAACGACCUUCCCAGCUGCCCCUGCUCUUACCCGACUGAGGUGGCGUACAGCACGGCGGACGUGCACGACCCCCUCACACGGCGCGAUUUCCGCUGGAAAGACGCCAGCGGGCCAAAGGAGAAGCUGGAGAUCUACAAGCCUACGGCCCGUUACUGCAUCCGCUCCAUGCUGACCCUGGAGUCGACCACGCUGGCCGCGCAGCACUGUUGCUACGACGACGGCAUGAAACUCAUCACCCGCGGCAAAGGGGCCGGCACGCCCAACCUCAUCAGCACAGAGUUUUCCGCAGACCUGCACUACAAGGUGGACAUCCUGCCCUGGAUCAUCUGCAAAGGAGACUGGAGCCGCUACAACCAGGCCAGGCCGCCAAACAAUGGCCAGAAGUGUCCAGAAAAUCCUCAGGAUGAGGAUUAUUACAAACAGUUUGAAGAAGCAAGGGAGUUCUAGCCUGUGCAGCUCAAACUAGACUCAGAGACUCAUGCAUCCUCACAAGAAGCACACUUGUCAUAAACUUGUCGUCCAUUUUUCUGCUUUCUUGACAAGUUCCGUUUUUAAAAGAUACUCCUUUAUAACGUUGCUGCAAAAUGUUACUCAGAGUUGGUCACAAAAAGGGAGAAAUUUCUUCAUUUUUUAAAAAGGGAAAGUUACUAUUAUAGAAACGUCAGGUUAGACCGUGUCCAAGUUUGUCUCUGUAGAUGUUGCAGUGAUAGAGUAAUGAGACGCCCUCUCCCAGGAAUGUGUUGGUCAGAAGGGGCCAAAGAACAGAGCGGCUCAGUUUUAAUAAUUUUCUGUGCAGGUUUUAUCCAUGUAAGCUUGUGGGUAUAAAUAUUUAGCAUGCACAUUUCUGUUUUGUUCAUUUACCACUGUAAUAUUCUGUCUGUGAGGCAGUUCAUUGUAAAAAGCCUGCAUUAGUUUUGUAAAGUAUUUAUUAAAGUGUAGCUGUGAUUGUG